AUGGAGAGUUACAAUCAAAUCCCUAUAGACACGAAUGAUGAAGAGAAAACUUCUUUUGUCACCGAACGAGGAAUCUACUGUUACAGAGUCAUGCCGUUCGGACUAAAGAAUGCUGGAGCUACUUAUCAAAGGCUGGUCAGCAAGAUUUUCAAAGAUCAAAUGGGGAAGACUGUAGAAGCCUAUAUUGAUGACAUGGUAGUAAAGAAUAAGAAGGCGGCCGAACACCUGGAACACUUGCAAGAUGUAUUCGGGGUGUUGAGGAGGUAUGGAAUGAAGCUUAAUCCAACCAAGUGCUCGUUCGACGUAAGUUCUGGGCAGUUCUUGGGAUACGUGGUCAAUAAUAGAGGAAUUAAAGCUAGCCCAGCUCAAGCAGAAGCUCUGAUAAAAAAUGCAGAACCAAGAACGAUCAAAGAAGUGCAAGCACUCACGGGUCGGAUAGCCGCACUGAGUAGAUUCAUUUCUAAGCUGUCAGACCGCUGUAAACCGUUCUUCGAUACAAUCAGAGGCCAUGGAAAGCAGGUCUGGGGGAUGAGUAACGAAAGCAUUGCAACGAAUGCCGUUCUGGUGCGAUGUGAUGAAGGAAAACAGUUCCCAGUGUUCUAUGUUAACAAAACAAUGGCCGAACCGAAGAGAAGAACGUUCAUCAAAGGACAAGCGGUGACUGAUUUCCUGCUUGAGUGCGAUGCGGAAGACAUGGAAGAAGAUCUUGGAGGUUCUUCAUGGAAGCUAUUUAUUGAUGGCUCUUCAAAUCAAAUGGGGGCAGGAAUUAGGAUCAAAAUGCAAACGCCAGAGGGCGCCAUGCUGAGUCAAGCGGUUAGACUUGAGUUCAGGGCAACCAAUAAUGAGGCUGAGUACGAAGCAUUGCUAGCUGGGCUGAAGCUGGCUAAAGAGUUGAAAGUCAGAAGUCUAGUUGCUUUUAGCGAUUCACAGCUGAUCAUUCGGCAGGUGACGGGGGAAUAUGGAACCAAAGACAAGACAAUGGAGGCAUACCGAUCUGUUGUUCUGCACGAAGCAAAAGAUUUCGAUCAGAUUAAAUUCAUCCAAUUGCCGAGGGAAUACAAUGAGGAUGCCGAUCGAUUGGCUUAUAGUGCAUCAGGUUCUGGAUAA